AUGAAUAAAAAUACAUACCCCGUUGAUAAGUCUGCUGAGAUGCAACUUCCCGUGUUUACAAACCACAAUUCCCUAUCUUUUUAUUCAGAUGAUUCGUCAUCCCACCAACAGCUGAUCAAAUUGUACAAUCCGUACAGUUUUAACAUAAAAUACAAAAUUUUAAGCACCGCAAGGGAGAAAUAUAAAGUUUAUAAUCCAGAAGGCUGCAUUAAAGCUGGAUGUUCUAUAGAUCUAAUUUUUAAGCAUUUGGCUGCUGUGGGUUGCAAGGAAAAUGUUUCAGACAGAUUUAGAAUUCAAGUCAUGAAGCAAGGCUCAUCAAAAAUCAUUGGAAAAAAAGAACUGGAAUCUGUUUUGAUGCCCACGGCUUUGAAACAACCCAACUUCUACCAGCUAGAUGAUGACUUUCAGUCACUGCCAAAUGUCCAGUCAACUAACUCUUCGGUUUCAUUUACAGGCAAUGCAUUGUGGUAUAAUUUUUUUUUGUAUACUUUGCUCUUCUUCACAAUCAUACAACAGAACCACGUAACAAUGGCUUACGCUUAA